AUGUCGCCAAAUCGAGCUUCAUUCAAACCGGCAUUGAUCCUUCAUGGCGGCGCAGGCAACAUCCAGCGGGCCACCCUCCCGCCAGACCUCUACGCGGCCUACCACUCCUCCCUCCAAUCCUACCUUCGCUCAACCCACGCCCUUCUCAACGGCGGCGCCAGCGCCCUUGAUGCCGCCGUACAUGCAGUCGCCUUAAUGGAAAACGACGAGCUCUUCAACUGCGGGCGCGGCAGUGUCUUCACGACAGCGGGGACCAUUGAAAUGGAAGCGUCCGUAAUGGUGGCCUCAGUCCUGGACGACGAUACCAGUCAAGACGGCGCAAUAAAACGUGGUGCGGGUGUCAUGGCCGUGCGGAACGUCCGCCAUCCCAUCCAGCUCGCGCGCGAGUCCCUCCUGCGCACAGGUCGCGCUGCCGAUGGCUCGCCGGCAUCCGACGGCGGCAGUCUGCACUCUCAGCUCGCGGGUCCGUACGUGGAGACCCUCGCGCGGGACUGGGGCCUGGAGUUCAAGCCGGAUGACUGGUUUUGGACGAAGCGCCGAUGGGACGAGCAUCGCCGCGGCUUGAAGGGGGUGCGGGAACCCGUCUCGUUGAGCCAGGGCACGGUCGGGUGCGUGUGUCUGGAUCGAUGGGGCAAUCUGGCCGUUGCGACCAGCACGGGCGGCAUGACCAAUAAACUUCCUGGUCGCAUUGGGGAUACGCCUACGCUGGGCGCGGGGUUCUGGGCCGAGGCGUGGGAUGAGUUGCCUGCAGGCGAUGAAGAGGCGGUCCUGCCGUCUUCGUCUCCUGCUAUUAUCAUCGAUGACGUGGUUCGAGAAUCCACGGCAUUGCUGGCGGACUGCUGCAUCACUCGGGCUUUAAGAAAUCCACACUCUCCAGCGUAUACCGCUGUCUCGAACAAGGACCGCUACGGCGCACUGGGCUUCAGAUCUGAAAAGGCUUCUAUGCUUUACGAGGCUGCAUCCCCCCGACGACAAGCUAGAAAGCGCGCCAUUGCUAUCUCCGGGACCGGCAACGGCGACUCGUUCCUCCGUGUUGCGGCCGCACGAACCGCAGCCGCAAUGCUGCGGUUUUCUUCGGGCCAGUGUCCGACUUCUCUGGCGGAGGCGGUGACCGCGAUAGCUGGACCCGGUGGGGAGUUGCAACGAUCCGCCGGACCACGAUGGAACAAGACCGGCGAGGGUGAAGGCGGCAUGAUUGGAAUUGAAGCUGACAAUACUUCAACACAAAUGGCUAGUGGAUCGAGCAACAAACUCCGUUGUGGCCGUGUCGUCUUUGAUUUUAACUGCGGCGGCAUGUGGCGCGCUUGGAUCGAGGAGGAUGCCAAUGGAGAUCAAGUCGAGAGGAUCAUGGUCUUUCGAGACGAGUAUAGAUGA